AUGAAGACCUUUGGUCAAGUCCUAAACGAACUAUCACUCUUGACCUGUUGGCAGUCAGAAGCGAUCGUCACCCACUUUCAGUCCCACGGGGCCCCGGGCAAGAUGGUCGACUUCUGCCUCGUCGUCCGCCCAAAUGCACACGAGCAGGACGUCAUCAACUCUCUCUGCAAGAGCCGGCCGUCACUCACCAUCAACCAUACCAACUGGGGCAAGAUCAGCAAACACCCAAUCGCCCUUUCCAUCGAGACCAAGCGCCAGGGCGAGCAGCUCGAUGAGGCUUUUCUCCAGAUUGGGACCUGGCAUUCGUCGCAGUGGCGGAGACUCCGAUACCGCGGCUGCGCAGCGGGCACCAUCGACUUCCUGCCGGGCAUCAUCACCCACGGCCACGAUUGGCUCUUUGUCGCGACGACACUAGGCGAGGACCUCGAGGCCACGACGUAUAGCUCGCUGCGCAUUGGCGACACUUCUUCUGCCUUGGGCACUUACAAGCUGCUUGCCGCCUUGCAAAGGUUGACGACCUGGUGUGAAGCCACACACUGGCCGGCCUAUAGGGCCGAUGUGCUGGGCAUGUCCACGGCGGAAUCAAGCAGCUUGGCCUAA